AUGUCUGGCUCAGACGUGGACGGAUCCGAUGGCGAAUACAUCUCCGACAACCAGUCCUCAGGCUCCUCCGACCAAGAAUCGCCGCCGCCGCCUCUGUCGCAAAACUACUUUGCACCUCCAUUCUACGGCCGGCCGCCCACGCCUCUGCCCCCGUCGCCAUCUCUCACGUCGCUCCUCCGCCCUUCGCGUCCGACAACUCCAGAUGCCUCGGACGAUGACAUUGCUCCCGUGCCGCGCACCGCGCCGAAAGUGCCGACGUACGAGUACUACGGCUUCGUGCUGUACCUGUUCAGCAGCCUCAUCUUCCUCAUGUACCUACUAUGGAGCUACCUCCCGGCGCCGUUCCUACAUGCGCUGGGCAUCUACUACUACCCGGACCGCUGGUGGGCGCUGGCCGUGCCGGCGUUCCUGGUGAUGACGGUGGUGUACAUUUACGUGGCGCUGGCGGCGUACAACCUGGAGAUCUUGACGGUGCCGAUGACGAGCGUGGAGACGAUUGUGGACGGGGCCGGGGCGCUGGCGAUGAUUGAUUCCAAGGGCAGGCUGAAGGGGAGCGGCAAGAGGGAGAAGAAGUGCGAGAGCAAUGGGAAGUUGAGGUGGAGGGAGGUUUGGAACGAGGGGACGGAUGCGGUGCUGGAUGUGCCGCUGGCGGGGGUCUGUGAGGUGCUGUAUGGGGAAGGGAGGGAUGUGUCUGAUGGCGAGGAGGAAAUAUUAUGA